UAUCGCUCAGUUGAUGAAUCCCAAUUCUUCGUUCUAAACAAGAUUACAAAUUCUCAAAACCCCCAAAAUCUCAUUAUUUCCCCUUCCUUUUUCUUAUCCUUUCCUUGGAUCCAAACAGAGAAAUAUGGGUGAGGCACCAAUUGGAAGCAGAGGAGGAUUGAAAUGCAAUGAGCAUUUCCAGUUUGCAGUUCAUGUGGUUAAGGGGAGAUGGUUCACAGUUUUUGCUUCCUUCUUGAUCAUGGCCGGCGCCGGAGCAACUUACCUGUUCGGAACCUACUCCAAGGUAAUUAAAUCUACACUUGGGUAUGAUCAAUCAACGCUGAAUUUAUUAGGGUUCUUCAAGGAUCUGGGUGCAAAUGUUGGAGUUCUUUCUGGGUUAAUUGCAGAGGUCACUCCAACAUGGUUUGUCCUCCUCGUUGGCUCUGCCAUGAACUUCACUGGGUAUUUCAUGAUCUGGCUAGCCGUUACCAGUAGAAUCGCAAAGCCUAAGGUCUGGCAGAUGUGUCUCUACAUAUGCAUCGGAGCAAAUUCCCAGAAUUUUGCCAAUACCGGAGCCCUGGUCACCUGCGUCAAGAACUUUCCAGAAAGCAGGGGAAUCAUGUUGGGUCUAUUGAAGGGGUUCGUCGGACUGAGCGGCGCCGUUAUGACACAGGUGUACCUCUCUAUAUAUGGAAACGAUGCGAAAGCCCUUAUCCUCCUUAUUGGGUGGCUCCCCGCGGCGUUAUCGGUGGUGUUUGUGUUCACAAUCCGGACGAUGAAGGUGGUCCGACAGCCUAAUGAAGUUCGAGUCUUCUACCAUUUCCUGUACGUUUCAAUGGUUCUUGCUCUGUUUCUUAUGGCGAUGACUAUAACUCAGAAGUUCGUAGCUUUUUCCCAUGCCGCAUAUGCCACAAGCGCCACCGCCGUCUGUUUCCUCCUCUUCGUUCCCCUGUUCAUUGCCAUCAGAGAAGAAUUAGUCCUCUGGAAUCUCAAGAAACAGCCUCCGAUAGAUAUAAGUAUUGAGAAAAUUGAACCACCGAAAACAGAGAUUCAGCCCCCUGUUUCUUCAAAUAAAGAAGAAGAAAAACCAACGACAUCCUGUUUCCUCAACAUUUUCGACAAACCGCCGAGGGGCGAGGACUACACAAUCCUCCAAGCAUUGUUGAGCGUCGACAUGUUAAUUCUGUUCCUCGCAACCCUCGGAGGACUCGGCUCUAGCUUAACCGCUAUCGACAACCUGGGUCAGAUCGGAGAAUCCCUCGGGUACCCUGCAAAAACUGUGAACUCCUUUGUCUCCCUGGUAAGCAUCUGGAACUACUUCGGUAGGGUCUUCUCCGGUUUCGUCUCCGAAGCUCUCCUCGUAAAGUACAAGUUCCCCCGUCCCCUGAUGAUGACAUUAGUCCUCCUCUUAUCCUGCAUCGGCUACCUGAUUAUCGCAUUUCCGGCGCCGGGGUCAGUCUACAUAGCCUCAAUCAUCAUCGGAUUCUCAUUCGGGGCACAACUUCCCCUGCUAUUCGCCAUUAUAUCGGAACUGUUUGGCCUGAAAUACUACUCCACAUUGUUCAAUUGCGGACAAUUGGCGAGUCCUAUUGGGUCUUACAUCCUGAACGUGAAGACCACCGGGCUGUUAUAUGAUCGGGAGGCACUGAAGCAGCUGGCUUCAAAGGGCCUGACUCGAUCAGCGGUGAAGGAAUUAACGUGCAUUGGGUCUCACUGUUACAGACUCUCAUUCAUAAUUCUGGCGGCAGUUACGUUGUUCGGAGCGCUGGUUUCGUUUGUUUUGGUGAUUAGAACCAGGGAAUUUUACAAGAGUGAUAUUUACAAGAAAUUUAGAGAAAAUGCUGAGGCCGCCCAGACCCAGAAAGAAGAACAGCAUUGAAAUUUGCUGAGUUGAUUAAAAUUUCUAUAUUUUCCCAAAUUUAUCUAUACUUUUAGUUUCAUUUCCUUUGUUCACGGCAUGGAAAUUGGAAUGGAAGGCUUAUGAUGAUUUAAAAAAACGUUUUUCUUUUU